CUGUGUACUUUUGAGAUUGGAGUUUAAAAAGUGUAUAUAGUUUGAGAACUAAAAAUUUAAGUGUUGCAGCUUGAGCUUUUGAAGCUUUAAUAUCAAUGGCGGUCGGAAGGACUGGUAGAGGUUUAAUGGCUCCUCUUCUGGUAGUCAACUUGGUGGUCCAUCUGAUCAUGCUUGGACUUGCUGGUUGGUCCCUUGAUAAGUACAUCAAUGGAGAGCAAAAUCACCCCCAUUUGGGAGGGAAUACAUCGACUAGCUUCUUGUUGAUCUUCGCAUUGAUAGCCGGUGUGGUUGGGGCUGCUUCUGUGCUUUAUGGUCUGAUACAUCUCCGGAUAUGGCGAACCGAUAGUUUAGCCGGUGCAGCUUCUUCAGCUAUCAUAGCCCUGACGAUUAUCGCCCUCACUUUCGGUUUUGUGUGCAAGGAGAUCAUUCUUGGAGGGCACAGAGGAAAACGCUUGCAAACAUUGGAAGCUAUGAUUGCAAUAUCACUACUAAGUCAAUUGCUUUACCUGGUGCUUCUGCAUGCUGGGAUGUUUAGGAGCAGACAUAGACAUGGAGGAAUUGGCACGGGUCAUGACCCCUGGAGCACCGGCACGACGACUGUGAUCUGACUUCCGUUCAUAUCAGUAGCUGUAAGUUAAAUAACACAAUGUCUCUGCUUUAUUUGCUGCGCUCUGUUUGUAUCGGUUUUUUUCUGGUUACUUUGGAGGGAAUGGAACGCUGGACAUAUCCUACUCCUGAUCCGAGCUAGAAUGAAUGGUUUAGCAUUAAUAGUA